CAAUUUUUUGCUAGAACUGCAAUUGCAACCCUGAACUAACGGCUAUAAAAUAUUAACAAUUAAAACGGUAUUCAGUGAAUGUUUAGUCCAGUGCCUGAUUUGUUUAAAAAUGAGUUUUUUAAAGUCCGUUGAAGACAGCAGCACAACCGUGUUGCGUGCCUUAUUGGCUCAGUAUAAAAGUAAUCCACAGCAAUAUGACCUGGAGGAGACCGAUAUCUAUGGCAAUACGCCGCUUUUGAAGGCCUGCUAUUUGGGCCGACGUGAUCAUGUGGAUUUGCUGCUGAAACGCGGUGCGAAUUUGAAAGCAAUGAACUAUUUAGGGCAAAAUGCGCUAACGCUGGCCACUUAUUGCGGCAGUUUGGAUGUUGUGCGUUUGCUCUUGCGAUUUCGCUCCUAUACGGAUUUCAAUAAAUCUUCCAUAGUACCGGCCUUAUGUGUGGCCUGUCUGCGUCGUAAUCACACGCUUAUCAACUACUUUAGACGUUUCCCAAGCUCAGAGGAGGAACUGACGACCGCACAUGGCAUGACUCCAGCUCAGAUUAGCGAGUGUGUGGAGGUCUGUGAUAAGGUAUACGGUAGGCAAAGCGGUCAAGGCGCAUCUAGCAGUAGCGCAGCUUAUAGGAUGCGUUAGAUUUUUGGUGCUUAAAAACCCCCAAAAUAAAAUUAAUUUAAUUUACCAAUAUACAGUAAACCCCUUUUAUAUUGUUCUUUAAAUAUUAAGAUUUUAAAAUGUUUUACUUAAUGUGGGCUUAAAAAUUAUUUUAUUUUGUUUUUAAUUAUUUAUUUUUAUGUAAUCUUGUCUUCUGUUAAUUUGUAAUUUCAGCAAAUUUUGUAUUGAGAUUUUUUAUUGGUGCUUUCAAUGCUUUAAAUGACAAAAAAAUGCAUUUUCAAAGCAAUAUAGAUUUUACUUAACUUAUUUUACGCUUUUUUGUGUCAAUAUAAAUUUAUCCAAAUUAAAAAAAAAAAUGUUUGUGCAUAACUGAAUCAAUAACUAAUAAAUAAGAUUUUAUUUUCAUUUAAAA